CUCCGGGACAUCAGGGGAGGCACGAGUUCGCUCUAGGAGUAAUCAGUUUCGGACUCGUAGUGGAACCAAGCGCUUGGGUCCCCGAUGCUGCACAAAUCACGGCGACCCCCGGUGGAGAUGAAGGCUGACUCCGAUUGGCUCUGAUUUUUAAAAGCCCUUUUCAUUCAGGAGGUUGCCCAUUAUCAACAUGGCUGAGCCUUCGGCCCCAGUACCCUCUGCAAAAAUGGCGUCACUUAGCCGGGUUCGAGCUCUGACGAUGAUUUUCUUAACUGUCAGCGGUUGUUUGGUCACCUCGACAAGUGGCAAGGAAGGCGGGGUAGAGUCGGACACGGUUAUCAUCGGGCUCCGGUUGGAGGACACGGACGACAUUUCCUUUAUGGAUAGGGGCUAUCUACGGGUGAGUGAACGGUCUCGUGUCAAAUUGAGGGUCUACGGGCAAAACAUAAACAACGAGACCUGGUCCAAAAUUGCAUUUACGGAACACGAGCAGAUCCGACCAGUCGGGGACAUCGACAGCUUAUCGGGGGACAACGGGAGCAAAGAGGAUACAUCCGCGCAUCCCUGCGGUAUCAGGACCUCGGAUAUAAUCAUCUUGCCCAACAUCAUUCUAAGUCGCAGGACUUCGGGAGUAGUUGAAAUCGAGGUCAAACCCCUUCGAAAAACCGAGAGGAGUAAAUCGUAUUACCUGUGCAUCGCCACCUCGACACCUGCCCAUCACGCCGCCGGCCUGCACGACCCAUGGACCGAAAACACCUGGAUUUACCACGACGGAGAUGACACGAAAGUGAUAGUUGUGGAGGAGAAGAGGUUUCUGCUCCCCUUCUGGCUUCAAGUCAUCUUUAUUUCCAUGUUGCUGUGUCUGUCAGGCAUGUUCAGCGGGUUGAACUUGGGACUGAUGGCACUGGACCCAAUGGAGCUCCAAAUAGUUCAGAAUUGUGGCACAGAGAUGGAGAAGAAUUAUGCCAAAAAGAUAGAGCCAGUUAGGAGCCAAGGGAAUUACCUGCUUUGCUCACUUCUCCUAGGCAACGUGCUCGUCAAUACAACUCUAACUAUCUUAUUUGAUGAUAUUGCAGGUUCUGGGCUGAUAGCUGUGGUGAUGUCAACUAUUGGAAUUGUCAUCUUUGGAGAGAUUGUCCCUCAAGCCAUAUGCUCAAGACAUGGCCUUGCCGUUGGAGCCAACACCAUUUUCCUCACCAAGUUUUUCAUGCUGCUCACCUUCCCUGCUUCAUACCCAGUGAGCAAACUUCUAGAUUACCUUUUGGGCCAAGAGAUAGGCACUGUGUACAACCGAGAGAAGCUUUUGGAGAUGCUCAGAGUCACGGAUCCGUACAAUGAUCUGGUCAAAGAGGAGUUGAACAUCAUUCAGGGCGCCUUGGAACUGCGGACUAAGACUGUGGAGGACGUGAUGACCCCGCUAAGAGAUUGUUUUAUGAUUCCAGGUGAUGCUAUCCUCGACUUCAACACCAUGUCUGAAAUUAUGGAGAGCGGCUACACGCGCAUCCCCGUGUUCGAGGGUGAGAGGUCCAACAUUGUGGAUCUAUUGUUCGUGAAGGACCUGGCGUUUGUCGACCCAGAUGAUUCUACGCCGCUGAAAACCAUCACUAAGUUUUACAGCCAUCAGCUGCAUUUUGUGUUCAAUGACACCAGGCUGGAUGCCAUGCUGGAGGAGUUCAAGAAAGGUAAAUCCCACCUGGCCAUAGUUCAGAGGGUGAACAACGAGGGUGAGGGGGACCCCUUCUACGAGGUCCUGGGCAUCGUCACCCUGGAGGACAUAAUCGAGGAAAUCAUCAAGUCAGAGAUCCUGGACGAGACAGACUUGUACACUGACAACAAAACGAAGAAGAAAAUCACCCAUCGUGAGCGGAAGCAGGAUUUCUCAGCCUUCAAGCCCAACGACAGUGAAAUGAAGGUUAAAAUAUCACCUCAGCUUCUGCUGGCAACCCUGCGUUACCUAGCAACAGGCAAGUAGGUGGAGUCGUUUGGGCCGGUGCAGAUGUCAGAGAAGAUCCUGCUGCGUCUGCUAAAACACCCCAACGUGAUCCAGGAGCUGAAGUACGACGAGAAGAACAAGAGAGCACCGGAGCACUACCUCUUCCACAGGAACAAGCCUGUGGACUACUUCAUACUCAUCCUGCAGGGGAAGGUGGAGGUGGAGGCAGGGAAGGAAGGGAUGAAGUUUGAAGCAGGAGCGUUCUCCUCCUAUGGGAUGAUGGCUCUCACCACCUCUCCAGUCCCUCUCUCCCUGUCUCGUACCUUCGUUGUCAGUAGGGCUGAGUCCCUAGCAGGAUCUCCAGAGAACAAGUCCCCCCCGCGGCCGUUUGGCCUGAACCACUCAGACUCCCUGAACCGGAGUGACCGCAUCGAUGCCAUCACACCCACGCUGGGGAGCAGUAACAACCAGCUGAACGCCUUCCUACAGAUAUACAUGCCAGACUACUCUGUCAGUGCUGUGUCUGACCUGCAGUACAUCAAGGUGACCCGUCAGCAGUACCAGAACGCCCUGAUGGCGUCGCGCAUGGAUAAGACGCCCCAGUCGAUGGACAGCGAGUUCACCAAGAUCGAAUUGACUCUGACCACUGAGCUCCACGAUGGUGGAGGGGGAGGCAUCCUGGAGACGCCAGCUAUGGCCCACCACGAGACAGCCAGCCUGCUCAACCUCAACACACAGCCCCAGAACUGUCUGGCCCACAGGGUCAACCACACUGCGCACAAUGAGGGACCCAUCUAGCCCACACUGGGGUGGUGGGGACAGAGGGAGAGGAGGGAGGAGGGGUCUGGGGAGAGGGUGAGAGGAGUGAGGAGGGAUGGUGAUAGUACCCUCUGGGCCAGGGCCUGGGCCUAAUCCUCCAACAUCCAAGGACCUCUAACCCCUACCCAUCACCCCCUUAUGGCUGGAAGACCCUGGAGGAUUUGAGGGGAAGGAGCUCUAACCCCUACCCACCACCCCCUUAUGGCUGGAAGACCCUGGAGGAAUUGAGGGGAAGGAGCUCUAACCCCUACCCACCACCCCCUUAUGGCUGGAGAGGGUGAGAGGAGUGAGGAGGGAUGGUGAUAGUACCCUCUGGGCCAGGGCCUGGGCCUAAUCCUCCAACAUCCAAGGACCUCUAACCCCUACCCAUCACCCCCUUAUGGCUGGAAGACCCUGGAGGAUUUGAGGGGAAGGAGCUCUAACCCCUACCCACCACCCCCUUAUGGCUGGAAGACCCUGGAGGAAUUGAGGGGAAGGAGCUCUAACCCCUACCCACCACCCCCUUAUGGCUGGAGAGGGUGAGAGGAGUGAGGAGGGAUGGUGAUAGUACCCUCUGGGCCAGGGCCUGGGCCUAAUCCUCCAACAUCCAAGGACCUCUAACCCCUACCCAUCACCCCCUUAUGGCUGGAAGACCCUGGAGGAUUUGAGGGGAAGGAGCUCUAACCCCUACCCACCACCCCCUUAUGGCUGGAAGACCCUGGAGGAAUUGAGGGGAAGGAGCUCUAACCCCUACCCACCACCCCCUUAUGGCUGGAGAGGGUGAGAGGAGUGAGGAGGGAUGGUGAUAGUACCCUCUGGGCCAGGGCCUGGGCCUAAUCCUCCAACAUCCAAGGACCUCUAACCCCUACCCAUCACCCCCUUAUGGCUGGAAGACCCUGGAGGAUUUGAGGGGAAGGAGCUCUAACCCCUACCCACCACCCCCUUAUGGCUGGAAGACCCUGGAGGAAUUGAGGGGAAGGAGCUCUAACCCCUACCCACCACCCCCUUAUGGCUGGAGAGGGUGGGAGGAGUGAGGAGGGAUGGUGAUAGUACCCUCUGGGCCAGGGCCUGGGCCUAAUCCUCCAACAUCCAAGGACCUCUAACCCCUACCCAUCACCCCCUUAUGGCUGGAAGACCCUGGAGGAUUUGAGGGGAAGGAGCUCUAACCCCUACCCACCACCCCCUUAUGGCUGGAAGACCCUGGAGGAAUUGAGGGGAAGGAGCUCUAACCCCUACCCACCACCCCCUUAUGGCUGGAAGACCCUGGAGGAAUUGAGGGGAAGGACCUCUAACCCCUACCCACCACCCCCUUAUGGAUUGAAGACCCUGGAGGAUUUGAGGGGAGGGACCUCUAACCCCUACCCACCACCCACUUGUGGAUUGAAGACCCUGGAGGAUUUGAGGGGAGGGACCUCUAACCCUUACCCACCACCCACUUGUGGAUUGAAGACCCUGGAGGAGUCGAGGGUAAGGGGGCUACGGAGAUGUGUAUACUGAGCCCCAGCCUGAACCUCUACUCUCUACCCUCCACCACCCCUGGCCGAUUCCACAGCCUGGAACAGAAUACCCUUUGGGGUAGUGGGGAAGAGGGCUAAAGGGAUAGCACUCUGGGCCCUCAACCACAUCACACACCUCUAGAAGACCCUGUUAGCGUGGGCUUAGACCGUCCUCAGCCAAACCAUCCGCUUAAAUACACAGGAACCUGGUAUUCCAGUAGCUCGGAAAGAUGGACAACAGUGUGCAUGCCCCCCCAUUCCCCUGACCACACACAAACACUUACACAUAAGUAUACACACUUUCCAGUCUGUUCUUGUUCAGGGAUUGGCAGUGGACUGUAGUAUUACUAGUACUACUACAACGAAGGACUUAAACGCACGCAGACAAAUAUGGUUAGUCAAAGACUGUACCAAAUACCGCUUUGAAGGAAACCAUGGAACCAAGAAUGUUUUUGUGCAUUUAUUUAUUAUAUAUAUACAGUGGGGAGAACAAGAAUUUGAUACACUGCCGAUUUUGCAGGUUUUCCCACUUACAAA